CCCUCCGGCAGCGCAACUGCCAGCGACAUAGUCGGUGCUGGCCAGGAAAGAACUUGAGCAUGCCAUUGUAAAUAUUGACAAGGAAUCUAAUCUUGAAAGCACUUCCUGCCUUGCAAUUAAGCUUUAUUGCCUGGGGUGCUCUUCUGCAGCCACCUGCUCUUCCUUGUUGCUUCCUCAGCGCAACCCACCAGAAUAAGACGGCGCAGUGGAGAUCCCCCGACAGAACUGGAGAGGUAGGAUUCGCAUUUAGCGCCAUCCAUUUUCCCAGUCGCGCUUUUGGAGAACCCAAAGUCUUGAUCACGCGCCAAACCGCCGCAUUUAGCUUUCGUCUCGCAACUGAUUAUCGCGGCUACCAGGAUGACUGAAAUGGAUAUUGAUACUGGCGAUGACCUCCUCACAAAGGUCGCGCUGGAUGGGUCCAUGGACUACUCUGCCUGGCCUGCUCUGCUGCCAGAACUGGUUGCGCGCAUCGAGAAGAUUGCCAUCACCGAAUUUCCUAUCCCCAGACUACCUCCUUCCAGAGCGCCUGUGCGACCACCGUCCCCUCGUCUGAUUCCCCCGAUACCCUCGUCCGAGCCGACCGAAUUAGCCGUCGACUCGGUGCCUUCUUCGCAAGAAACCAACAAGGAGAACUCCUCCCCCAUAGCCGCGAGGCCAUCUGCCCCAGCGCCUCCGUCCACAGCGUCCCCGCCGGCGCCCGAAGCCCGAGCUGAGCCGCCAGCAACGCCCGACACACUUCCCAAAUCAGUCCAAGAUAUGCUCGAUGAGAUCACUUCGGUGUUGAAAGAGAACUUCACCGAAAACCCACCUCAUACGAUUCAGCGCCUAUCUGAGCUUGUGCUUCGCCCACGACAGCACUACAAGAGUGUAAUAGCAUGGCUCCACGCGCUUGAUCGUGUGGUUCAUGUCACCAGCGGCGCAAAUAUUUACCCGUUACCUGCGGCGAUACCAGACAUGAGCGGCAUGGGUAUGUCCGUUAACGGGAGCGCUGGAGCAACCUCGGGCGUAGCAAGUACGGUUGGCACGGACGAAGCGUUGGGAGGCGCACUGUUAACACCUAUUCCGUGGUUAACCAGCAGAGUGAACGGUGGGCCUGGCAGCGACACCGGAAGCGAAACUGGCGGCUCGUCUCCUCUGUCCGCUAGUGGUAUCACAGGAGGACCAGGGGCUGAUCCCUCUCAACACCUGCAGCUUCAACAGCGCCAGUUACAACAGCGACAAGCACACCAACUCGACGGCAGGGUGCGCACAGAGAGUACCGAGACGAUCGAAGGGCCCAAUGGAAUGGGAAGAAUCGAGACAGUGUCCAUUUCAGUCAAUGGUAUUCCCUCUACAGGCGCCGGUGGUGUGGGUGCAGUUCUCGCCCAGAGGGGCGUCACACAGGGCGAGCUCUUGAGACAGGAGCAGCGCGCCGGCGUGGUCCCCAUCAGCCAAUUAGCAAGACAGCAGCAAGCACAACAGCGAGCGCAGGCUCAAGCACAGGCUCAGGCGCAAGCCCAAGCCAACGGUUCGCCUGACGAGGAUUCAGCCAUGAGCUCAGACCCUGAGGAUGAAGAAGAGAUUCCUCACGCCAGGGGUCCGGAGGAGAUAGGGGCGGAGGAUACUGGCCCCUUACCAGCUGGCACUGGGCAAUUUACUGUGGGGACAGCGGUCCUCGCUAUCGGAGAAUCCAGAGGUAUCAACGUCGAGGCUGCCGUGGGACGGCCACCCGACCAAACAGGCCUGCCGGGAUCGAAGGCUAGUGAUAGUAACAAGGAGGAAGCUGUUAUUCCCCAGAGCCCAAAGAGAGAAGCAACCGAUGAUUUGGAAGGCGGUGGAGCUGUUAAGAAAGUCAAGGAGGCCAAGGAGGAGGGGGACAAGAAAGACGAAGAGGAAGUCAAGAAGGAUGCGGAGGGAGACUUGGUUCUACCAGACUCUGCCCCUCCGGCUUCUGAGACUGAAGAUGUUGGGGAUGAAAAGAAGAAUACGGCUGGGAGGCAAGUGGGCGAUAGUGCGGAGAGUUCGAGUUCCCCCAAGACGGAAAAAGGGGACGAGGAGAAGAAUACCCAGGAUAGUGGAGGUGAUAUCAACAGUGCCUAGAACUUGAAGCUAUCAGGGGGCGGGGGCUCGUCUUGAUGAUGGUCGUCGAAAGUAUGAAUCAGCGAGUACCAAUAUGGGCAUCUUUUCAUCACAGUCUAAUCGAAUAGUCUUUUAAUAGACAGAAGCAUGGGUAUUGUUUUUUUUUGGGAGGCGGAUUGGGACCAAAAACAACGGGGCGUAUUGCUGUCUUUUAUGUAGGAU